UUUUUUUUGUGCGAUACUUACGUCCCUACGGCCCGGAGAACACUACUAAUCUACAGUGAGUCGCCCACGCCACACAACUAUUCGCUUCUACGGCAUGCAUCUUCCCAAUCUUCUAAAAAGUAAAAGUCUUGUCUGACGUCUCAUACACAGAUGGAAGAGGAAUACACCCGAAUCGCAGAUGCCAUUCGCCACCGGGCCAAGUCCCAUGAGAAGAAGCGAUACCUCGUCGCCAUCGCUGGUGUACCCGGUUCUGGCAAAACAACAACAGCGACUGCCAUCGCACAGCGUCUAAAUUCAGGCCCGACCCCAGUCCAGACCAAGCUUGUCUCCAUGGAUGGCUUCCACCUGUCCCGGGCGACAUUAGACCAACUUCCGAACCGGGAAGAGGCAUAUAUUCGCCGUGGAGCGCCGUGGACAUUUGAUGCGGCCCGAUUUAUUAGGUUCGUACAUCACCUACGACAAUGGGUAGAUUCGUUCUCCGACGAAACCAUAUACGCACCCGCCUUUCACCAUGAAACCAAAGACCCGGUCGAAGAUGGCAUCGUGAUUUCGAACGAUGCUUCUAUCAUUAUUAUCGAAGGCAACUAUCUCCUCCUCGAUGAGCCCGAGUGGCGCGACGUGGCACAACUGGUCGACUACCGGGUAUUCGUCGACACGGACUUGCAAGAGGCACGAGAUCGCGUGGCAAAGCGCCACGUCACGGCGGGGAUAGAAAUGACAAUCGAGGAUGGAUACCGUCGGGUGGACAGCAACGACUAUCUCAAUGCGCUUACCAUCCGGGAUAAGCUGAUCAAGCCUGAUAUAGUAAUACACAGCAUCACAGAGGUAUCGCCAUAGCUUGUCCCUAUCCGCCUCCCUAUUUACAUCACCGACAACGCUACAUGUAUAUAUAACGAUUUCAUGCCAACCCUGCCACAUAUUUACUCCUUGAUCUUCUGUUUAUGAAACACGUCUGAGCCCAAUUAGCAAACAAUUU